AUGUUACCAGCGGAUAACGUUCUUCAUUCAUCAUUUUAUGAAGUGAAAAAAUUCCUGAAGUCGUUUGAUAUGGGUUAUGAGAAGAUUCACGCGUGUGUCAAUGACUGUUGUCUAUUCCGAAAGAAGUUGAAGAAGCUCGAUAGUUGUCCUAAAUGCAAGGCUUCAAGGUGGAAGAUUAAUCUGCAUACUGGUGAGGUCAAGAAAGGUGUCCCACAGAAGUUAUUAAGAUACUUUCCAAUAAUCCCAAGGCUGAAGAGGAUGUUCAGGUCUCAAGAAAUGGCAACAAACUUAAGGUGGCAUGCUAGUAACAAGAGCAGCGACGGGAAACUCAGACACCCCGUAGAUUGUGUGACAUGGAAACAAAUGGACGCCAAAUAUCCCACAUUUGCUGCUGAAGAAAGAAACAUACGGCUGGGGCUCUCCACGGAUGGGUUUAAUCCUUUCAGCAUGCAGAACAGCAAGUACAGUUGUUGGCCGGUGCUGCUAGUGAACUACAAUUUGCCUCCUAAUCUAUGUAUGAAGAAGGAGAAUAUCAUGCUAACCUUGCUCAUUCCUGGUCCACAACAGCCGGGUAACAGUAUUGACGUCUACUUAGAGCCAGUAAUAGAGGAUUUGAACCAGUUGUGGAGAAAAGGAGAGUCUGCAUAUGAUGUGUUGAGUAAUUCUGUGUUUACUCUCAAAGCAAUGCUGCUAUGGACUAUUAGCGAUUUCCCUGCCUACGGAAAUCUUGCUGGAUGCAAAGUGAAGGGUAAAAUGGGUUGUCCUGUAUGCGGAAAACACACUGAUAGUGUGUGGAUGAAGUUCUGCAGGAAGCAUGUUUAUAUGUCCCAUAGAAAGCGUCUCCCACCAACGCAUAGAAUACUAUCUGGUCAAGACAUUUCCAGUAACCUGAAGAACUUUGUCAACAAUUUUGGGAAUGUUAAAGCAUCUGGAGCAAAGAGAAAGAGGACAGUCAGUGUUGAAGAAGACUGUGACAUGGGAGACGAUUCUAGUGAAUCCAAGGCAGAGGAAGAAGAUGAACUUCCUGUGAGGCAUAACUUGGAUGUAAUGCACAUAGAGCGAAAUGUGGCAAAGAUCAUUGUGUCCACGUUACUGCAUUGUGGGAAUUCAAAGGAUGGUCUCAAUACUCGCAAAGAUAUGGAACAUUUAGGUAUUAGGAAGGAUCUGCACCCCAAGGCGAAAGGGAAAAGGACUUACUUACCCGCAGCACCUUGGUCUUUGUCCAAGUCUGAGAAGAAGUUGCUUCCGGUUGCAGUUAGAGGGUUAUUGCCUAAAGGCAUUAGACUAUCAAUACUACGCAUGUGUGCAUUCUUCAACCGUGUAUGUAAAAGAGUUAUAGAUAUAGAGCAGAUUUCAGUAAUGGAAGCUGAGAUUGUAGAAACUCUCUGCAUGUUUGAGAGAUUUUUUCCUCCUAGUUUCUUCGACAUUAUGGUUAAUUUGACGGUACAUCUAGGAAGGGAAGCUCGGCUCUGCGGUCCAGUCCACUUUCGUUGGAUGUAUCCUUUUGAGAGGCACAUGAAGAUACUGAAAGACUUCGUUAGAAAUCAUGCAAGGCCAGAAGGUUGUAUCGCUGAGUUCUAUCUUGCAGAAGAGUGCAUGCAGUUCUGUAGUGAGUUUCUUAAGAAGACAACAAGUGUGGAGGAGAAAUUAGAUAUGAAUACUGACUAUGAGAGCCAGUCGAUCUUAGAGGGACAUCCAAUUUCGGCAGCCAGAUCAAUUGAUCUGUCUGAAAUGGAGAAGAAAACGAUCCACCUUGCCGUCAUUCAGAACACAGCUGUUGUCGAGCCUUAUGUUGAUAUGCAUCUACAACAUCUACAAGAGACAAAUGGAAGAUGUAGACGAGAUGCAACGUAUUUGUGGAGUACACAUACUCUGAAUUUUGCUUCUUGGUUAAAAGAACAGAUACCUAUUGAUUCUGGAACACAUGAUGAAACUCUAAAAUGGUUGGCAUAUGGACCUCGGACUAAUGCAAGAUCGUACACAGGCUAUAUAGUUAAUGGACAGCGGUUUCACACACACUCAGUUCAUAAGCAAACCCAAAACAGCGGAGUAUUUUACGAGGCUACUGCAAUGUGUAGAGCGAUAAGAGGAAACAAAGUUAAGGUGGAGGAUGGGUUCACACUUGUUAACUUGAAUCAGUCUCACGUUUCGUUUAAUACGGAUCCCUACAUUCUAACUUCGCAGGCAAAACAAGUGUUUUACUCAAGGGAGAAUGACACCUCGAGCUGGUAUGUUGUACUAAAAGGUCAAUCAAGAAGAUACAGUGAAGCAGACGAAGAAGAAGUCAACCCAUAUAUUGGACCACUGCCAUCAUCUAUUGACAUGGAAGUUGAAAUAGAAGACGCUCAUAAUGCCAGAGUUGAUUGUGAAGGCAUAUAUGUGUGA